AUGGUUGAGUCACCACUGUUCAACGUCCCUCCAGGGGGAGAAAUCACCGUCAAGCUCAUCAAUACUGUCAACUUUGGGCCCGCGCAGUUACAUAGAUUCAUGGCUCCUCCUGUCCCCGGAAUGGAUACACAUCCAAGCAAUCCUUCCUUCUCUUUUCUUCUGGAACACCAUACAGGCAGAAAACUUGUCUUCGACCUUGGCAUUCGUAAAGACUAUGAGAAUUACGCACCGAAGAUUGCAGAAUAUAUCCCAACAACAAAAUACGACAUCCAAGUAUCAAAGAAUGUCAUUGAUGUUCUCAAAGAGGCUGGGAUAGAUGGCGCCGUCGUGGAGGCAGUAAUUUGGAGUCAUUGGCACUGGGAUCACAUUGGCGAUCCAUCAACCUUCCCAUCUACAACGGAUCUAGUAGUUGGCCCUGGAUUUAAAGACGCUAUGCUUCCAGGUGCACCCGCAAACCCAGAAGCACCUUUCAAAGAAUCUGAUUAUGAAUACACCCUUCUCCUAGGACUGAAACGGAAUUUCAAUCGCAGAGGAAGAGUCCUGAGAGAAAUCUCUUUUGAAGAAUCGCAAUGUCUAAAGAUAGGACGUUUCCGAGCGUAUGAUUACUUUGAAGAUGGAUCAUUUUAUCUUCUCGAUAGUCCAGGCCACGCCAUUGGCCAUCUAUGCGGCCUUGCCCGAACAACAACAAGCCCUGACACAUUUAUCCUAUUAGGAGGUGAUGUUUGUCACUAUGGUGGCAUAUUUCGUCCCUCUCAAUAUUUGCCAGUUCCUGAGUCUAUCCAUCCUCACCCCUGCAAUCCAGAUAGUAAUGCCUCCUUUUGUCCCGGUGGGGCAUUUGAGGAGUUACAACGAUCGCGGGGUAGAGGUGUGAAUGACCCGCUUUUCACUCCGAAAUUUGGCCAUGACAUUCCUCAAAUCAUUGAAACGAUAGGAAAAUUGCAGGAAGCAGAUUGCCAGGAUAAUAUAUUCGUCAUUAUAGCACACGAUGCAACUGUAAGAGACGUGGUCGACCAAUUCCCUCUGAGUCUCAAUGAAUGGAAGGCGAGGGGGUGGGGGAAAGAUCUCAAAUGGCGGUUCUUACGGGAUGCCGAGUCCUACUGGAAAACGAAAGGGGUACUAUGA